AUGCUAGACGAGUUAGACAACGUCUUCGACGACCAUCCAUCCCUGGACGCGUCGCUCGAAGACUUUGAAAACAAUACCAAUCCCCAAAGGUCCCCAAUGUUCGCCCUGCCAUCCCAACACUCCGGAUUCCGAUCUGAAGACUCAGACGGAGACGAUGGAGAGAUCGAGGACCCCACGCAGGAACGAUGGUCACCCCCUGGCUUUCAUCCACCCGAAUAUGUCCAAGGCAGUGGAUGGUAUCGCCACCAGCCCUAUCUGCGCAAAGAUAACCUCAUUGCGGAUUGCUUGCAGCUCAAGCCCACAGUCGGACUUAGUGUUUCCCCUUCCCAGUCGCGCGAGCCAAGUCCACAGUAUGAGGAUGCGCUCGAGGGCCCCGCGAAGAGUAGACCGGGCGAUCGCGCCACCCCAGGCGACGUCUCUGUCGCGGCUAAUGUGCCUCUACCGGCGGGCGCAGAUAGCCCCCUCCAAGGAAGAUCCCCAAGUCCGCCUCCGGCCCCGAAUACAGGGCGCGCAUCCCGGCGCAGUCCCGAGGACGAUGGGGUGGGCUUUGGCGCGGAGAAUCUGAGCAACUUGCGUGCAGAAGUCCAGCACCGAGAACCCAUUGCCGCGAUGUAUGGCUACCUACGCUCAAAAUUCGAGCGCAUGACCAGCUCCAAGUCUAACACCACCUUAUCUAUCUUAAUCCUCCUCAUCUCAGUCGCGUUCAUGCGCGCCCUGGUCCUGCCAGGCCUCCCGCAAUCGAUCCCCGAUUUAGUAAAGCUAUCCGGCUUCGCACGCUCCUUCGAACCACUGAUAUACUACUCAGAGAACGGCGUUCAGCAAAUCGGCACACUGCAAGAAACCGGUGUCGCAGUCUGGGACCUGAGCGAGUCUGUCCGUGGCACAAACAUGACUAGCGCACCUAUAAUCGUGCGCCAACUGGACGAGCUCUCCGACUCCCUAAAGUCCCUCUCCCUCGAGCUAACCCGCUUCUUCGCAAAUGUCGACUCGGACAUCGACUCCAUCCUCAUAGUAAUGGACUGGGCCAAGCGCGAGCUCGAAACCCUCUCCGCCCAGCCUCCAAGCACCCUCCCCACAAUUGUGUUCGACAACAUGCACAACAUGCUUUCGCGCCUCGGCGCGCUCGAACGGUCAGCUCAAAUCUCCGAUAACGGUGUCCCUGCAACCUCAACAACAACGACGCCCCUCGGCCACCUCGUAAUGGCCGUCUUUGGGCCAACCUCCGCGCAGCGCACACGCACAACCCUAACCCGUACCUUCACGGAGUUCCUCGCCGUGCUAGAAGAAUCAAUAAACAGCGAGCUCACCCACUCAACCGCGCUCUUCGCGCUUUUCGAGUCCAUCGACCGCCAAUUCCUCAAUCUGCAGCGCACAGUCGUCCGUGAAUCCGACGCCCAGGAACGCGCAGAGGGCGAGAUGCUUUCUUCUCUGUGGACUCGCGUGCUAGGGCCCGAUGCCGCGGCGGUUCGCAAAUACGAGAAGAACAAGAAAUUGCUCGCGAAUGUCCGCAGCCGCACUGUCGCCAAUAAACACCUCCUCGUUGACCACCGCGGCCGACUGCUCACGCUGAAGGUCAAUCUCGAGACGCUGCGCAGGAAGCUGGUUAGCCCGCUUGUGCGUCGGAAUGACUCUGUUAGCUUUGUUGGGUCCGUUGAUGGGGGGAAUGGGAAUGGGCAUUCUGGUUCUCCGGGCCGCAUGCUUGGGCCUGUUGAGGCUGUUAUUGAUGGGCAGAUCCGUGGGUUGGAGGGGACAUAUGACUACCUACGGACUGUCCGGGAGAGGCAGAAGGCGAAGCUUAUGGAGCUGGUCUAUGGGGCUGGGAGGAAGCCGAGUCGGGCUAUGAUCGAUGGGUUGGAGGAGAGGGAUGAUGAUGAGUGA